CAUAGUUCUGUAAGUUUUCAUAGAAAGACGAAAGUGUUUGACAGAUUCCAUUUCUUUGCCAUUGAACUUGGUCAUUUUUAUUUUUUGUUUUGACUCUUUUGACUGCAAAAUUACGCGUGCUCAAAUUGUUUUAUCUGUCAUUUGUUGGUUAAUUUCAACUCUGUUCAUAAUUCAAUUUUCUGUAUUUUCUGAAGUCUCAAAUUGAAACUUUCUAGAAUCUGUUGAUAAUUAUUGUAUCUGUUGAAGGUCAGUAACCAUGUUAGAGAAGAUGGAUGAAAAAUUGGACAUCAACGAAGUUAUAGAAGAAUUUGAGGCUCUGACGAGGGAUGCUGAGAGAGUUCAACGAGAGACCCUUCGGAAGAUUUUGGAAGAAAAUGGUGAGACGGAGUAUUUGCAGAAAUGGGGUCUUAACGGAAGAACGGACACUAUGAGUUUCAAGGCUUGUGUUCCUCUUGUUAGUCACAAGGAUUUGGAACCAUACAUUCAGCGGAUUGUGGAUGGUGAUGCUUCCCCAAUUCUUACCGGAAAACAAAUAACGUGUAUCUCAUUAAGUUCUGGUACUACUCAGGGAAUGCCCAAGUUUGUCCCUUUUAAUGAUGAAUUGACGGAAUCCACAAUGCAGAUAUUUAAGACAUCUUUUGCGUUUAGAAACAGAGAAUUUCCAAUUGGCAAUGGCAAAGCCUUGAAUUUUAUCUACAGUAGCAAGCAGUUUAAAACAAAGGGGGGUCUGGCAGCAGGAACUGCUACUACAAAUGUGUAUCGUAGUUCAGAGUACAAGAAAACAAUGAAGGCAAUGCAAACCCCAUGUUGUAGUCCCGAUGAAGUGAUAUUUGGCCCCGAUUUUCACCAAUCCUUAUACUGCCAUCUUCUUUGUGGACUUAUUUAUUGGGAUGAAGUUGAAGUUAUUUCCUCUGCUUUUGCGCACAGCAUCAUCCAGGCCUUCCGAACCUUUGAACUAGUUUGGGAAGAACUAUGUACUGAUAUCCAUGAUGGGGUCCUAGCCAGCCAAGUUACUGUGCCAUCCGUCCGGACAGCUAUGUUGAAGCUGCUAAAGCCAAACCCUGAAUUGGCGAGUAUGAUCCAUAAAAAGUGCAUGGGAUUAAGUAAUUGGUAUGGUUUAAUACCAGCUUUAUUUCCCAAUGUGAAGUAUAUAUAUGGAAUCAUGACUGGAUCAAUGGAACCCUAUUUGAAAAAAUUAGGGCAUUAUGCUGGGAAGAUACCCUUGCUGAGUGCAGAUUAUGGGUCUUCUGAAGGGUGGAUUGGAGCUAAUGUCAACCCAAAUUUGCCUCCUGAGUUAGCCACUUUUGCAGUGCUUCCUAAUAUUGGUUAUUUUGAAUUUAUUCCUCUGAGGGAUAAUGGUCAGGGUCCGAAACUAAAUAAAGAUGAGUCCCUCUUUCUCUCAGUGGAGCCUGAUCCAGUUGGUCUGACUGAAGUCAAGGUUGGCGUAGAGUAUGAGAUAUUGGUCACCAAUUUUGCAGGUUUAUAUCGUUAUAGGUUGGGAGAUGUGGUUAAGGUAAUGGGCUUCCACAACUCGACCCCAGAACUCCAUUUCGUUUGCAGGAGAAAUCUUCUACUCAACAUUAACAUUGACAAGAACACAGAGAGAGAUUUACAGUUGGCUGUGGAAGCAGCAGCCAAGCUUUUAGCUGAAGAAAAGCUAGAAGUGGUCGAUUUCACGAGCUGGGUCGACAUGUCCACAGAACCUGGCCACUAUGUCAUCUUCUGGGAGGUGAGUGGUGAAGCAAGUGAGGAAGUUUUGAAGCAAUGCUGCAAUUGUUUGGACGGAUCAUUUGUUGAUGUAGGGUAUGUGAGCUCUCGCAAGGUCACAACCAUUGGGGCACUGGAGCUCCGAGUCGUGAAGAGAGGUACCUUCCAUAAGAUUAUAGAUCAUUAUGUAGGAUUAGGGGGUGCUGUUAGCCAGUUCAAAACGCCUCGAUGUGUCGGGGCCAGUAAUAGUAGAGUCUUGCAGAUACUUUGUAACAAUGUUGCCAAGAGCUACUUUAGUACUGCUUUUGGUUGAAUUUGAGACAAAUACCCUUUGUUUGGUGAUUUCAAACUCUUAUUCAGUCUGUCUAGGUCUGUUUUGAUAAAUUCAUUAGGAAUAAAAUAAAUACUUCAACUUCGUACUA